AUGGUCUCCACAACAAAAGAAGGAGAAAGCGAGAAGCAUGAGACAAAAGAUAUAGAGUUUAAGUUCAAAAGUGAGCCGGCAGAUAUGAGCUUAAAGGAGGCAAUAAUGGAAAUAUACAAGAGGCACAUAAAAGAUGAGCCCACACUUCCUCAGCUGGCUGAAAAGAUGAAAAAGGAGUUGGAUUCAAAGUUUUCUAAAGGCUGGGUAGUUUUUGUAGGGAAGCAUAUGGUUGGAGCGUGCUCAUACAUUGAGCACACAUUGGUUGAUUUUGAAGUAGACGGUGUUUCGUUUGUUUUAUUUCAGACAUAUUGUCCUGAGCAGUAG